CUGACAAGUGAGAAAAUUUUUUUUCGAGGUUAAUUUUUUUUUUUUAAAUAAAUAAAUAAAUAAAUAUAUAAAUAAAUAUUAAUUGUAAUGAUAAUUAAGUGUGCAAGUGAUAAUUAUUUAAAUUAAUUAUUUUUUUUUAAUUAUUUGAAAUUUUUUUACUCAUGUGUGCUCAAGAACUUCAACAUGACAGAAAAUUACGGAGUAAAUAAACGUGACCAUAAAUUAAAUAAUGAGUCCGAAUAAAUAUAAAAAUAAUUCAAAUUCAACAAUGGCAUCGAACGGAUACUCAACAGCUUCAUCUAAGCAGACCAAAUGCUUGGAGCCACCACCUUGUGAGUCUGUGAAUUCGAUGCCGUGGUUUGGAAUGGACAUUGGCGGGACGUUGUGCAAACUAGUAUAUUUUGAACCAAAAGAUAUAACGAGAGAUGAAGCUGACGCUGAAGUUGAAACGUUAAAAAAUAUAAGAAGAUAUUUGACUAAAAAUUCAGCGUAUGGUAAAACUGGACAUCGAGAUACUCAUCUACAGAUGGAUAAUGUUGAGAUACGGGGUAGAAAAGGUACAUUGCACUUCAUAAGAUUCCCAACAAGUGAAAUGGGUAAUUUUUUGGCACUGGCCAAGUCCAAGGGUAUGGCCAAUUUAGUGACAACCGUCUGCGCAACAGGUGGAGGCGCAUUUAAGUUUGAAGAUAAUUUCAAACGAGAAGUUAACAUGAGUCUCGCUAAAUUCGACGAGUUACACAGUUUAAUACAUGGAAUGCUUUAUAUUGAGACGACGAAUCCUCAUGAGUGCUACUAUUGGUCUCAUCCUACUGACGAUACUCUCUGUCAUAAAGUACCGUUUGAUUUUUCUGAGCCUUAUCCAUUUUUACUCGUCAAUAUUGGAUCAGGUGUGAGUAUACUUGCAGUGUAUGGACCAGAUAAUUUUAAAAGAAUAUCCGGCACAAGUUUAGGCGGAGGGACAUUUUUAGGAUUGUGCUGUUUAUUAACCGGCUGCAAUACAUUUGAAGAAGCCAUCGAAUUAGCGACCGGAGGUGACAAUACGCGGGUUGAUAAAUUAGUAAAAGAUAUUUAUGGUGGUGAUUAUGGUCCAUUUUGUCUUCCUGGUGAUCUCGUUGCCAGCAGUUGUCUACAAUUGUGCAGUUUUGGCCAAAUGAAUUCAAAAGAUCGGAGACAAGCUGUCAACAAAGAAGAUUUAGCACGUGCGACACUCGUUACUAUCACUAAUAAUAUUGGAUCUAUUGCGAGGAUGUGUGCAGUCAAUGAGAAAAUUGAACGGGUAGUAUUUGUUGGUAAUUUUUUACGCGUGAAUCCAAUUUCAAUGAAAUUAUUGGCCUAUGCUAUGGAUUACUGGUCUAAAGGAACAUUGAAGGCUCUGUUUUUAGAGCAUGAGGGAUAUUUUGGUGCAGUUGGAUGUCUCCUGCAAUUCAAUGGAGAAACGAUUUAGAUAAAUUAGUUCAUUUAUAGGCAUCAAUUUUUAUUAAUUAGCAUUCCAAUUAAAUUAUUUACUUAUUUUAUUAUUAUUAUUAUUAUUAUUAUUAUUAUAUUAUUUAAUGGAAUUUCUCAUUCCGUAUAUUAGUUAUUUAUUAAUUAUUAUAAAAAUUUUAAUUAAUUGUAUAUUAGAGUAAUUGAGGUCCCCAGUGACUUUUAUAAUUCAAUUUAUUUAUUUUUUAAUCGAGGCCACAAUUUAUUCUGCCAGAAAUAAUUCACAGAAAAAAUUAUAUAUAUACGUAUAUAUGUAGAUAUAUAUAUGUAUAUAUAUUUAUAUAUAUAUAUAUUUGAAUAGAGAAUUCAAUUCCCUUUAAAAUGAGUACCCACAAGCUAUACUUAUUUUUC